AUGGAGAUGGAUUCAGUGGGUGAGUGUGGAGACAAAAGCCUCUGUGCUGUGUCCAUUCACAGCUCCAGAGGACCUUCAUUACAGAGCGAGCAGGUCCUGUCAGCGUCUUUUCAUUUCAUGCUCCCAUAUCCCAUGCUGGUGUCCAAACGGCCCGCUUCGUCGCCUGUCAGACAGAAGGCACUCUUGGGGGUGGAGGAGUCCUCGUAUCUCCACUCUUCUUGGGCGUCGAGGCGGGAGAGGCCAGGCAGAAAAAAACAGGGGAAGAAUCGUGUUUGCCAUCAACAGCUCAAGAGAGUAGCAUGGCAGCAAGAUUGA